ACUACCAAGAAAUCCGCACUAAACACAGUCUUAAUUCACACUCGUCGUGCAGCAGUUAAUGUUGUUCAGUAGUAUAAAUUUUAACAGACAUUAGAAAAAUUUUAUCUUGAAAAAUGGCUUGGAAAAUAUUUGUUAUAAUAUUUGCUUUUACACUUGCGACAUACGUUGCAGCAGAAAUACCCUCCUAUAUUCACUUAUGCGGUCGAAAAGAUCCGAAUCUCGAUAAAUGCGUCACGAACAGCGUUGAAAAUUUAAGAAGUUAUAUCUGCAGAGGAAUACCGGAAUUGACCGUUCCAGCACUUGAGUCAUUUCCUGUUAAUACUAUAGUUAUUUCUGACACAUAUAAUGCCAAAUUAUAUUUUAAAGAUUUAAAAAUAAUGAGGCUUUGCGAUUUUGUUAUAAAUUUUUUUCACAUUGAUAUGGAUAAGCUCCAUAUCGAUGUUGAUCUCUCAUUCAAACAUAUUUAUGUUAACGGCACGUAUGAUUUCGACAUACGUCUACUGGUACCUUUCGUUCACAAAGGGCCGGUUUCUCUUAACUCAGAUAACGUGAGAGCAACACUCGGAGGAGACAUGAAAUUAAUAACUAAAAAUAAUAAAAGAUAUUCAUAUCUUUCAAAAAUAACCACGAAGCUCGAUGUUAAAACGGUGGAUGUUAAAUUUGAGGAACAGGAUUCAUCUCAAUUAAACGAAAUUCUUAACUCUUUCAUAGGCAACAAUAAACGAGAACUUAUUGACAAACUUGCACCGCCAUUUGAAAUAGAAAUCUCUAAACAACUACUUUUGAUUGCAAACGCCAUAAUUAAACAUUUCACUUUCGAUGAGCUCUUCCCUGAACAAGUAUAAAUUGUUAGAACUUUAAGAUUUACAAUCACAAAGUUGCUGUGUAAAUUUGCAAUUCAAUUAAUGAAUAAUUGAAAUAAGUUCUCUUAUAUUAUCUCGAUAAUCAGCGGCACAAAUUUUAUUUUUAUUAAAUAAUGUAAUUGAUCAUUUCAUAAUUAUAGAUUAACUUAAUUACUCAGUAUCACGAAUAGAUGCGAAGUAAUAGCUAGUAAAUUGAAAAUAUUAUAUUUACAAUUUUGUUCGUUAUUGGGAUAAAGGGUUUGAGUAAAAUGUAUUUGAUAUGAUAAUACCAAAUUAAUAGCUCAAUAAAAUUGCAAUGCCGAUUUUAUUCUGUACAUGUUCACAAUUUUAUAACUUGUAUAAUUAAUAAUAUUUUAUUUAAAAUUUUGUUAAUUUUAUUAUUGUUAUUCAUAUAUCGAUCAUGUAGAAAAAUUUAUGUAUUACAACUGUUUUCUCAAGUCAAAUAAAUGCAUUGUUAAAUAAA